AACUGAAUUGAAUUUCAUGACACAUACUCUCAGAGUAGUCUCAGUUUUAUCUCUUCAACGACAUCGAUACCGUCCCACCCUACGCGACGCCAACGUGUUUUUAAAUAGACACUCUUGAGUCUUGAUAAUCAGAUGCUCAUGCAGUCCAUAUCUCUGCUUACAGACUGAGUUACCCGGUAUUCUUUGCCCACACACAUCAUUUCGUACAUAGAUGAUCAUGGACACAAUAAGUCAAUUACGAGGAUUCGGGGAUAGUCUAGAGGCAAGCUCUUUCUCUUUUCCUCUCAUACACUCGAUUCUGAAGACAAGAUGGGCUCGAACCGUUGGUUUUCUUCCCCUGUGCUUGAUAAAAACUACUAAAAAUAAAUAAAUAAGCGGAUUAUAAGCAAGGGAUGAUCAGACGAAAUAAAUGAUGUGAGAGUUUAUAAUUUGGAAGUGGAGUUUCUGGUGCAUUGCUGAUGCGGCUAUGCAUAGAGCAUAAGAAUAGAAUAAAGCAUCAAUAAUGAGGAUUCAAAUGCCUUUAAACUUUUGUGUAGGAAUCAAGUGACAAACUCAGAUCAGGGGACGAUUUCAAUUUAUAUAUGGAACAGGCCAAACUGAUCCCUGCACACAUUACAUAUUCUACUGCAGUGCACACUGCAAAAGCUUAUUUAAUAUAUAUUGAUUCACUUAUGCAAAACAUAACUCCGUUUAGUAAUUCAUCUCCUAACUCUGUUUGAAGACAUGAGCCCCUUCACUUCCCCUCUCAUGUUCGACUACUCAAUACACGCUCCCUCUGUACUUAGAAAUUUAUAUCAUUGAUAGGUAGCAUAUCAGACAUAGCAAGUUAAACUAACCGCCACUUUAACAAGACAACUUGGCGAAAGAUGGAAAAGCAAAUCCAUUAAACGAGUGAUCCUAAAACACAAGCUAAGUACUAGUCUAAAGUUUCUUGGUCCCUAGUGGAGCCAUUCUCAGGAUAUCAUAUCCGAAACUGGGGUCAGAUUACUCCAUAACGAGUAAUUUCAAGUAUAUCAGAAGACUGGAGACCCUGACUCACGUGAGAUUAAAAGUAAAGAAUUAAAUGUGGUCUGAGUAAGUUUUACAUCCACUAUAAAAUGUGGCUGGCAUAGAAGAGGUUCAGUGAGUUGCUUUCUUUGGACAACAAAGCAUGUCAACAAGCAAAGUAUUUAGGAGGGCAAAGCCCUUUCUUGCAGUCCUCUUCUUGCAGUUUGGGCUAGCAGGAAUGGACAUCCUUUCCAAAGCAGCACUAAACCAAGGGAUGAGCAAUUAUGUAUUCGUUGUCUACCGCCAUGCCAUUGCCACCAUCGUAAUUGCUCCUUUUGCAAUUAUCCUCGACAAGAAAGUAAGGCCAAAGAUGACAAAGGCGAUGUUCGGAAAGAUUAUGCUUCUUGGCCUGUUAGAACCAGUUAUCGAUCAGAAUCUUUAUAUUAUGGGGAUGAAAAACACGACGGCAACAUUUGCAGCCGCUAUGUGUAAUGUGUUACCUGCCAUAACAUUUGUCAUGGCUUGCAUUUUUGGACUUGAGAAAGUUAAAUUAAAGAGUAUCAGAAGCCAAGCUAAGGUAGGCGGUACACUAACUACUGUCGGGGGAGCCAUGCUCAUGACGCUUGUCAAAGGGCCAAUUAUUGAUCUAAUAUGGACAAAAGGAAGAACAGGAACCCAUAUAUCCCAAACAAAUGGCGGCGUGGAUCUUCAGCAUUCAGUUAGGGGUUCACUCAUGAUCACAGCGGGGUGCUUCAGUUGGGCUUGUUUCAUGGUUCUACAAGCAAUUACACUCGAGACCUAUCCUGCUGAGCUCUCUCUAACAGCUUGGAUAUGCCUGAUGGGCACCGUGGAGGGAAGUGUAGUGGCCCUUGUAAUGGAGAGGGGAAAUGCUGCUGUUUGGUCCCUCAACUUGGACACUAAACUACUAGCAGCUGUCUACAGUGGCGUCUUUUGUUCAGGGCUCGCUUAUUAUGUGCAAGGAAUAAUAAUGAAAGACAGAGGACCAGUUUUUGUGACGGCAUUUAAUCCACUAAGCAUGAUCAUUGUCGCUGUCCUCGGAUCCUUCAUCUUAGCGGAACAGAUGUAUCUGGGAAGGGUAAUUGGAGCUUUUGUAAUAGUUGCUGGACUUUACCUUGUUGUAUGGGGCAAGAGCAAAGAUUAUAAAUCCGAUACUAAGACCCCGUCCAUGGACGAACAGAAAACAGCAAACUUUGGACAAAUGAGAGAUGCAAGUAACACUAAUGACGAAGAAAACCACAAGGUCAUAACCAUUAAUGAAUCUACAAUGAAGUAAGAGGAGAAGGAAUCGUACAAGGAAUACAACACUAGUCUGUUGCAUUACCUUUUCUAUAAAAAAUACAACAGUCAUCUUAAUUUCAGGGGCAAUAUCCAACUAGGAAGAGUACUUGUAAGCAAAAGAAGUGGAAAGGAGUUGGCAAUGCAUAGUACUUCUCAUCAAUUUUCGAACAUGUAUAUAUAAUAUUAUCAUCUAAUGUAAUAAGAAAUUACUAUAAUUUUUGCAAAUACUGUUCUCAUAA